UUCCAGGCUUCUUGUCAGUGCAUCACAGGAUGGCAAGUUGAUCAUUUGGGACAGCUACACCACAAAUAAGGUCCACGCCAUCCCUUUGCGCUCUUCCUGGGUAAUGACGUGCGCUUAUGCCCCGUCUGGAAACUACGUGGCUUGUGGUGGCCUGGACAACAUAUGCUCCAUUUACAACCUGAAAACACGCGAAGGCAAUGUGCGCGUAAGCCGCGAACUGGCUGGCCAUACAGGCUACUUGUCAUGUUGCCGUUUUGUGGACGAUAAUCAAAUCGUUACCAGUUCUGGAGAUACUACUUGUGCCCUUUGGGACAUCGAAACGGGCCAGCAGACGACCACCUUCACUGGCCACACCGGCGACGUCAUGAGCCUGUCCCUCGCUCCGGAUUCCAAGUGUUUUGUUUCCGGCGCCUGCGACGCCUCGGCUAAGCUGUGGGAUGUCCGAGAAGGAAUGUGCCGGCAAACCUUCACCGGCCACGAGUCAGACAUCAAUGCCAUUUGUUUCUUCCCAAAUGGCAAUGCGUUUGCCACCGGCUCCGACGACGCCACGUGCCGACUCUUUGACCUCCGUGCCGACCAGGAGCUGAUGGUCUAUUCCCACGACAACAUCAUCUGUGGCAUCACCUCGGUAGCGUUCUCCAAGAGCGGGCGCCUCCUCCUCGCUGGCUACGACGACUUCAACUGCAACGUGUGGGACACGCUCAAAGCAGAUAGAGCAGGUGUCUUAGCUGGCCACGAUAAUCGUGUCAGUUGCUUAGGCGUCACUGACGACGGGAUGGCGGUGGCAACAGGAUCGUGGGAUAGUUUCCUCAAGAUCUGGAAUUAAAGUCUUUGGGACGGCAGUGGACUCUGCGCCAACUAGAAGACUUUUCCAAGGGUUGAAAGUUUCCAAUUCUGUCUCGACUACAACUGUACUAACUCGGACACCCCCCCGUCCUGACCCCUCCCGUCCCGCCCCUCGUCCCUCCCCGGCCACCGAAGGGUGCGAUCUUUCACGCCUCCCGUUGCUGAAACGAAGAGCACAAUUUAUCUCUAUUUACGGAAGAAAAAAAAAAGUUGUGUGGUUAUAUACAAAAAAAAAAACAAAAAAUAGCAAACGAAGUUACGAGGGGGAAAAAAAUUAAUAAUAAUCAUAAUUGUGCAUUCCUUUGGGGACCACUUUUUCGUCUAGGAAACUAAAAGAGAAAAACAACAACACACUUGUGUAAAAAAAAAAGCAUGUCCAAACAAACGGGAAAAAAAAAUUGUGAAGCAAACUUUUAACUUUCACUGUAGUUUAAAAUAAUAAUAAUAAUAAUAAUAAUAUGGCGGAAAGCAUUGGUUUUACUGCAUUUUUGCGUUUUGGGGUGGGUGGGAGGGGCCUCGUUUUAAUCUCACUUUCCAACUUCGAAGUCGUGUUUGUAGCAGGAUCGAUAUCGAAUUCCUUGUCCAUAUUUGCCAUUUCUUUCCUUUCUUUUUUUUUUAAUCCAAUACGAUUUGCUUUCCGGUUUGGUUGUUGAGCCAAGACAAGGGAGUUCUGUUUGGAGCCCGGUUCGGGGUUGUUAAUGCUGUAAAUUUAGUCCCUGAAUUAUUUUUUAUUUUCCAAACGAAUUUCUGUCGGUGUCACAAACUGUUGCACACACACACACACACACUCACACACAAAUGUCGCAUAUAUAGAAUAAUGUUAAGACGUAAGAUAAACGAGCACAUGCUGUACAUGG